GAAAAACAUGGGAGAAAUGGUCCCAACCUACUUCACUUGCAUCAUUGGUUUGGUUGCAUGAGUGGCUAUUGGCUCUGCUUUUGGAUUUUCCUUCAAAAAUGUACUAUAACUCGAAAACCAUUUUUCAUUCUUUUAUUUUUUGAAUUUUUUUAUAUAGAAGACCAAAACAAUUUUGUUCUCUUUCAUCAAUACCUUUGAACUUUGAAGCUUCUCCGAGGUGGUGUGUUCAAACAAUGAUGAUGCAACCUAUGAAACUGUCAAAGUUUCUGUAUUUGAAAGAAAGUUCUUUUUUGAAGUUCCAGGCUUCUCUAAUAACUGGUCAACGACUCAACGUUCAGAUUUGGUCAAGGUUUAUAGUUCAGCUUGGAAGAUCAAGGAGGAAAUUAAAGUUUAUAGUUAAGCUUCCAAUUUUGGUGUUCAUGAUUGUUUCUGUAUAAGAAAAUCAUUGCCUAAGGGAGAUUUGUGCAAAACUUAUAUGCUAGUGUUUGGCCUACUUAGCAUGAACAAUGUCAAUCCUGUGUGGCCUUCCUCUUCUUGAGUGUGUGUAUUGUCUCGGUUGCGCUCGCUGGGCUUGGAAAAGAUGUCUUCACAAUGCAGGCCAUGACAGUGAGAAUUGGGGCUUUGCCAACGCCGAAGAGUUCGAGCCGGUCCCUCGCCUUUGCAGAUACAUCCUAGCUGUGUAUGAAGAUGAUCUUAGACACCCCCUUUGGGCACCUCCUGGUGGUUAUGGAAUCAACCCAGAUUGGCUAAUACACAAGAAAACAUACGAAGAUACUUGCGGAGGCGCUCCACCCUAUAUAUUGUAUAUUGAUCAUGAUCAUGCUGAUAUAGUUCUUGCCAUCAGGGGCCUAAACUUGGCAAAAGAGAGUGACUAUGCAGUUCUUUUGGAUAAUAGAUUGGGGAAGAGGAAUUUUGAUGGAGGGUAUGUUCACAAUGGGCUAUUGAAAGCUGCUGGAUGGAUUUUGGACACAGAAUGCAAGGUUCUGAGGGAGUUGGUGGAAACAUAUCCAGAUUACAGACUUACUUUUGCUGGACAUUCACUUGGAUCAGGAGUUGCAGCUAUGUUGACCAUGGUGGUGGUGCAGAAUCGCGAUAAGCUUGGAGAUAUUGACAGGAAGAGAGUCAGGUGCUACGCCAUCGCACCGGCUAGGUGUAUGUCGCUAAAUUUGGCGGUGCGAUAUGCAGAUGUCAUCAACUCUGUUGUGUUGCAGGAUGACUUCUUACCAAGGACAGCCACCCCAUUGGAAGACAUAUUCAAAUCUGUUUUCUGUUUGCCAUGCCUAUUGUGUUUGAGGUGCAUGAGAGAUACAUGCAUAUCUGAGGAGAAGCUGCUCAAAGAUCCAAGGAGACUCUAUGCACCUGGUCGCCUUUAUCACAUUGUUGAGAGAAAGCCUUUUAGAAUGGGAAGGUUUCCCCCGGUUGUAAGGACGGCGGUGCCUGUCGACGGAAGAUUCGAGCAUAUAAUCCUUUCAUGUAACGCCACGUCUGAUCAUGCCAUAAUUUGGAUAGAGAAAGAAGCACAAAAGGCUCUAGAUUUAAUAAUAGAGAAAGACCAUGAUGCCAUGGAAAUCCCUGAGAAACAAAAGAUGGUGCGUCAAGAAACAAUGACUAGGCACAAAGAAGAACACAGAGCAGCACUACAGAGGGCUAAGACAUUAGAUGUUCCUCAUGCUUAUACGCCACCAUCAGAAUAUGGCACUUUUGAUGAUGAGAAAGAAGAAGAAGAAAAGAGCUCAAGAAGAAGAUUAAAGGGUGGUUCUUCUUCUUUUGGUUCAACUCCUAAUAAAACCAAUAAUGCUAGUGAAAGCUGGGAUGAGUUAAUUGAACGCCUUUUUGAUAAGGAUGAGCAUGGCCACAUGGUGCUGAAGAAAUAAUGGUAAAUUUUAUGUAUCAUUCUAAUUGAAAGCCAAAUUAGUUCAUUCUUUUGUGAUUUUUCCCUCUUUAUGUGUAAUUUUAGCUGAAAGAUGGAACUAGAAAUGAAGGUUGAUGAAUUUAUUUUGAAA